GGGAGGUGCUAGCGGGGAGCACGAGGACGCCGGUUGGCUGUCACGCGGGCAGCUUUCCUAACCCGUUCUUCCUGAAAACAUUGAGAGGAUCCAGAGACAGAAGUGAGGAGGUCUGGGUCACUAAACAGAAAUGAAUCAAGAAUCAGGUAAGCCUGGAGAGCAGGAGGAGGUGACAGGACUGGUUUGUGAAGAGGCUGAUCUCAAAGAUGGACAAAUGAAAGAAGUAACUGUGGGAGAUCAGAAGGUGUUGUUAGUCCGAACCCACGGCCAGUACAGCGCUAUUGGAAACCAGUGCACUCAUUACAGUGCUGCUCUGGUUAAAGGAGCUUUGAGUGGUGACAGAGUGAGAUGUCCUUUUCAUGGUGCUUGCUUCAAUGUGAAAACUGGAGAUAUUGAGGAGUAUCCAGGUCUGGACAGUGUACCCAGCUAUAAGGUCAAAGUUGAGGAUGGAAAGGUGUACGUUACCAUAGACAAAAAGUCUCUGAAGUUGACCAAGCGGGUGAAGGAGAUGUGCACGAUGCGUCCAGAAGUCAAACAUACUAUUCUGCUGAUAGGAGGAGGCCCUGCCUCUCUGGUUUGUGCUGAGACACUUCGACAAAACUGCUACCAGGGCCGCAUUAUCAUCAUGACCAAAGACACUCUGCUUCCAUUUGACAAGACCAAACUGAGUAAGGCUAUGAAUCUAGACAGCAGCAGCAUCCUACUCCGGUCAAGUGACUUUUUGCAACAGUAUGGGAUAGAAGUGUGGACACAGAAGGAGGUGGUGUCAGUAAAUCCAGCUGACAAGACAGUGAAGAUUAGUGAUGGCAGUUCGCAGCAUUAUGACCAGCUCCUUAUUGCAACAGGCUGCAGAGCUCGGCCACUCAGUUGUCCCGGUUCAGACCUGAAGGGAGUAAAUGUGCUGCAGUGUUACGAAGACGCCAAAGAGAUUAAUGGCUCCAGCCCUGGCCACAAGGCUGUCGUUAUCGGAGCAUCUUUCAUAGGUAUGGAGGUGGCUUCCUACUUAUCAGACAAAGCUGCCAGUGUGGCUUUGGUUGGCACUUCCAGAUACCCGUAUGAACGAAGUCUGGGACCAGAGAUUGGGAACAUGAGUAUGCAAAUGUUGGAGGAACAGAAUGUGAAGUUUUACAUGAAAGAUGAAGUCACUGAAAUCAGAGGGGAGAACGGCAAGGUGAAAGAGGUGGUGCUGAAGAGCGGUACAGUCCUGGAGGCUGACGUAGUGAUUGCAGGAAUUGGUGUAAUCCCCAAUUCAGACUUCUUGGCAGGAAGCAACGUGGAAGUGGAUUCAAAAAAAGCUGUGAUUGUUGACAAGUACAUGAGGACCAACAUACCAGAUGUUUUUGCUGCUGGAGAUGUCACUUCGUUCCCUCUGACAAUUCGUGGCGACCAGAGGGUCAACAUUGGUCACUGGCAAAUGUCACAAGCUCACGGAAGAAUCGCAGCCCUGAACAUGCUGAAGAAACCAACCAAAAUUGAGUCUAUCCCUUUCUUCUGGACUGUGUUGCUUGGGAAGAGUAUCAGAUACGCAGGCUAUGCAGAAGGAUACACAGAAAUCGUUUUCAAAGGCAAAGUGGAAGAAAGGAAGUUUGUGGCGCUUUACAUAAAGGAUGAGGUGGUGGUUGCUGCGGCCAGCCUGAUGUUUGAUCCCGCUGUGUCUCGUGUUGCAGAGCUGAUGGCUACUGGCCAGACCUUAACAAAAGCACAGGCUCAAGCUGAAGACUUGAGCUGGCUGCAGAUGUAAAGAGACGUCUGCUCCCUCCAGGAGUAAGAAAUCGCAGCGACGAAGGAUGUAGCAUCAACCCUUUAAUGUUUUGUCUCCCUCUGUGUCAAAUAGUGCCAAAUUGGAUUGCUCCAUUAACUGCCUCAGGGCUCCUGAAAACCAAUCAGACCUCAUCUCUGCUCACACUUAAGAGUGCUGUUACCAUGGUACCAAGCAAACUUUUAUAGAAUUUGCUCUUUGUGCGCACACAGUAAUCUGAUCGACUGGUGAUCUGCAUUUGUUUCACAUUUUUACUUCCACUCUGCCAAAAGUGUGACGUCUGUAAGUCUGUGAUCAAUAUUAGCUACACCACAUGAAUCUAUCCAAAACUUGUAUAAUACGUUAGGUUUUGUAGUAAAGUGUAGUAUAGUAAUGUAGAAAGUAAAAUAUUUCAUCAACUAAAAACAUUUUGAAAACACUCGCAGCAUUCCACUCGUACUAAUUUCAGUUUUCAUUAGUAAAUUAGUUAAAAUCUUAAAUACUGCACACAACUAAUUUGAAGAGAAACAUUUUUUUUCAUACUUUCAUUUGUACUCUAAUGCCUUAACCAGUUAUACUGCAAAUGUUGACAGCAGAUCUACAGCUUAUUAUUUAGCAUUUCUAAUAUUCAGUGAAGCUGAUGUAUUUACUGUUGUUUAACCUAUUUUAGGAAAUUAAAAAAUAAGGAUGGAACAGUUCAGAAAAUACUUUAUAGCAUUUUAAGCAUCUUUCAGUUUCUUUGAAAAGUCUAUCUUGAUGCUCUCUGGUUUGUAACUGAUACUGUGGCAUUAAACCUACUUGUCAACA